AUGGCAGAUCCCACAACAGAUGAGAAGUCGGAUUAUCUAGAGACACCGGUCAGCGACAUAGCAUACUACGCCGAUAAUGCAGAAUAUUACCGCAAAAUCAAACGCCUUGAAACACUUUCACGGCCUCAAGCCCAACUUUGUGACCAGUUAGGAAAUGCGUUAUUGCAUAUAAAGCACGCUAAGUUACGAUCUAAAAUUAGAGAAGCUAAAUCAAAGGAGUGUCUUAAACUCAUGCAUGAGGUCGAUCAUAUCGGUACUUUGCAUGGCCGUUACUCCAAAUUAAGAAAGAUGAUUGAUGAAUAUCGUGCAUUAACUAGAGGCCUGAAAAGGAAAAACCUAACACGGGAGAGGUAUGCCGAAUUGCAGAACGCUUUGACGAAUCUAGAAGAGCAAUUCAAAGGCAUAGGACAGGUAACAUCAGGCAUCUUUGCAUUCAACAGUGUGGCCUACUUAAGAGAAACGAUCAGACAAGUAAGAAUAUUCAUUCGAGAACACACGGAUCAAAGGUCUACGCAGUCUGACGAUGAAGGGACAAGGGGGCUAGGCAGCGGCAAAGCAGCAGCAUUAGAGUCAAAUACGGCGGGAGUUACACGAGGUCAUCCAAACGAUCUGUAUCGAAAUGCCCCUCGAUCUGACGAAGGUAAUGAAACUAUGCGAGAAUUACUCAAUGAUGGCUUUCUGCUAGAGACGUUGGGAGAGGCUCAAGCAAUUGCGAAAAAUAUAGAGGCACUGUUAAACGAUCCUGUGAUAAGUGACAUUAAUUUCUACGCAGUAGGUAGUGGGUUAGAUCCAUACGAUGCGACAAUUCUCAAUAUUCAACGUGAUUACGAUUUGUAUUAUGACGAAUUGAAGGACCUGGUAAAGGCGUGGGAUAUAUACGAGCGUUACGCAUAUAACAAUGAUAUGUUGCGAGAGAUGGAUCUGAAAUCCACACAAGCAUUCGAAUUAUUAGGAGAGCAGCGGCAGCUGGAGGUAGCCUUCGAGGAGUACGGAACCCUUGUUGACGCCAAAUCUCUGACAACUGAUAGUUGGGAUUUGUUGAAUAUGCUGCAUAAUCUGAAGUGGCUCAAAGGCAAGAUAAACAGAACACAAGAUGGCGAUACUGAACCCGAUUACACAACUGGAGCAAGCCAGCGUAGCGAAGACAUGACGUCAGAAACGAUAUCGGAUGACAACGCAUCAUCACCUGAUCCAGCCAUUCAAGAUGAGGCCACGCCCACAGCAGAACCAAACCAAUCUAAAGAGCCCAAGCCAACGGAUGUGAAGGAACCCACACCAUCGCCGGUAGCAACCGACUUGCAGAUGAUAGCUGUAGGAGAUGUCACGGAUGAGUUAUGCGGGCCACAAGAAACAGGUAACUUUUCUAAGACAAUGCGUAACACAAAGCGUGAUAGUGAUAAAUCGGGAUUUGUGGCAAUAGGGGCCAUGGUUGUUCAAAUCAUGGUAGCCGCAAGUAUAAUGGCGGCUCUAUGA